AUGCUUAACAUUUCAGUCCGGAACAAGCACAAAGACUCUGUCUAUCAGAAACUUCAAAAGCUAUUACCUAAGAUCGAAGCAUCUCUUAAAGGAAGCAAGAUCCUUUACGCUAAUGUAUAUGAUCCUAUGUUGGACAUGAUGCAAAACCCUAACAAAUACGGUAUUAGUCGUUCAUGUUUUGCAAGUUUCCUGGCUUUAAAGAGACGAAGAGAGGAUGUUGUGGAACAGGGCAUUUGGAGAUGA